AUGGAUAGGGAAUCUAGGGAGAAGAGUUUAGGUUGCCGGGACUCUGAUCCAUCAAAUGCGAAGCGGCAAGGUGGUAGCCGGACCCUGGGGUUACUGCCGGAGGUGACUGUGACCAGGUUGGCCCUUCGGGGCGACGACAAGGCGAAGAAAAAGGCAAAGGAUUCGAUUUUGGAACAGCAGGCAGCAGCACCUGGAAGUGAUGACGAUUUGAUUAUUCUAGAGGAAAAGGUUAGUGUUUUACGGAAGGACGAAGAAAGCAAAAGGGUCGGAGACAACUUGGCAGGUAACGAGGCUAGUGAAUCAGAGAUGUCAGUUGAUGAAAAUAGCAUGAAAAAUGACAAGAGGCAGCGCAAGACAUUAGGGAUGAAAAUAAAGGAUGAGGUGUUGAGGAGGGUGAAACAGCAAGAAAUGAGAGACUCGGAUGCUUCCUUCCAAUCGCUGGUUAACGCGAAAAGGAAACGAACGGAAGAGAACCCGGAUUUUGGUAGUGUGGAGUCGAAUUUAGACAUACAGGCAAGGGACAUGGACACGGAAGAUGACAUGGAUGCGACGAUGGUGGAAGAUGACAUAGGCCGAUGUGAUAUGGUAAUGAAAUAUGCGGACGGAAUACAAAAAUGGACGAAGGAAUUGGAUGAAUUGAGACUGAACAGUGAAAAGGUGUUAAAACGAGAGGUUUUUGGGAGAAUGUUGGAGUUGCAGGAAUUAAUAAGAACCGGAGGGAAACGAUUGAUGCUGUACUUUACAACGGAGAGGAUGAAUCGAUCGGGAAGCGAAGAAUUGAGAAAGGAAGUUAGUGAGAUGAGAGGAGAGAUGGAGGAGCUAAAGCGAAAGAAUACACGAUUGGAGGGAAAGAUUAUGGAAUUAAAGAAGAAGAAUACUUACCUCCAGCAGGAAAUCCAGAAGCAGCAAAAGUCCAGGGAGCCCACGACAGCAGAGACGACGAAGUCCAACGGAUACUCGGCGGCGGUGAAGAGGUCCAUACAGCAGCAGCAGCAGCAGGCACCUGAAACAGAAAAGAAUAAGAUUAGUAAGGUGAAGAAGAAUGGAGGAAGAACCGGAAAGGACGGAGCGAGGGACGAGGUAGCGGAACGGUUGCUGGAGCAAUUAGAAAACCUAAGGAGGUGUGUAAUGGAUUACUGUGGAAAAGGGAAGGAUGAGGCAUGUGUAGGAAAGGAUAAUGAGAAGGAGGAGGAGCAGGUGGGAAACAUGGAAAGGAAUAGGAUGAUGAAGUGUGACAAGGAGUGGACGGUGGUGCAAAGUAGAGGAGCAGGAAGGAAUAAGGAGAGAAAGGAGAGUAGGGUAGGAGAGAAAAGAACCCCUAAGGUAAUCACAAAGGCUCCCCUAAUAACGGAGGCAGUCGUAAUUACCUGUGAGGAUAAGGAGUCGGGAGGAAUGGAGCUGAUCCGAAGGGCCAAGCGUAACAUCUCGCUGGAGGGCCUUGGAAUAGCGGAGGCGAGAACAAGGAAGACGGCGACGGGAGCUACCCUGAUCCAGAUUACUGGAGAAGGGAGGAAGGACAAGGCGGACGCACUUGCGGGCAAGCUGAAGGAGUUCUUCGGAGAAGCCCGUGUCAAGGUCAACAGACCGGUUAAAAGGACGGAGCUAAGGCUUCGAGGAUUAGAGGAGGGGACGAUGAUAGAGGAGGUGAAGAGUGUGGUGGCGCGAAUAGGUGAAGGAAGCGAGGAGGAGGUUCGAGUAGGAAGGAUAGCGUGGAACAGGAUGGGAUAUGGAUCGGUAUUGGUGACAUGCACGGCGGAGAUGGCUCGAAGGUUGAUGGAGAAGGAGGAGAGGAUAAGGAUUGGAUGGGCGAGGAUAUAUGUGGAGAGGAUUCCACCAAGGGCAUUGCAGUGCUACAGGUGUCUCGAGAAUGGCCACACUGGCGUCACUUGUGACAAUAGUGUGGACCGCUCGGGCCAUUGGACACAAGGCGAAGGAUUGCCAAACUCCAACACAGUGCAGUGCAUGCCUGUCGAUGGGCAUUGA